AUGUCCAGCUCAGCGCACAGCUCAGUAGAUCAAGGCGCCACGCGUCGGCAGAAGACGUGGGAGGUGCUCUUCUGGUCGAGCAAGGUGCUGGCGCUCGUGUGGCGCAACGUGUGGAUACGGCGCCUGCGACGGCAGAUGAUGGCCACCGUGCUCGAGCUGGCGCUGGCCGCGUUCGCGCUGGCCCACCUCCCACCCGGCAGCAAGGCUGGCGCUGCCAGUGUCGAUGCGUACCACGAGCGCGAGCUGCGGCCUCCCGAGCAGCUCGACACGUACCACGUUCCCGAACAGCUGGUGCUCGACGUGUCCACCGAUGUUCUCGUAGUGUUCGCCAAUAACAUCAAGCAAAAAGGACGUUUCACGAACAUGCGCCACCGAUAUAUGCGUUUGUUCGUAAACGGCCGUGAAGUGGACGAGCCUACAGGUGACCUCGGGAAGAUACCUAAAAACAAGAUGCGGAAAAUUUGGAUUACAGUGGUCAACUCCGAGAAGGCGCUGCUAGACAAGUGCGCGAACGAGAGUUUCAAGGGCGUCUGCGCCCUCGUGCGCACCGACAUCGUAGGCAACGACAAGAGCGUUAACUACACCUGCUACCUGAACGGACACCUGCCGCCGCCCGUGAUGCGCACUCGAAGGGCCGGUUACGAGUUGCGAAUUGCGCCCAUCGAAGGGGAGAUCUCGGAAUGCCAAAAUUUGAUCGAAUCUGUCCUCCUGGGAAAUUACAUAACGAAUGCGUCACCAUCUGUGCACGCUGCAUCCCAGAUGUUUCCUCUUCCUCGAUACCCGACGCCGCCUCCGAUGGACAACGUGAUCGCCAGCAUGUGCUUCCUCAUCACAUACAUGAUACCCUUCAGCCGAUCGGUGUGGAGCAUUGUCGAGGAGAACAGCUCGGGCAUGGCGUCGAUGCUUCGCUCGAUGGGCACGAGCGGCACGGUGUACUGGCUGGCGCACUUCGUCUCCACCUUCCUGCACAUAUCGUUCUACUCGGUGAUGGCGGUGUUCUUCAUGGUGUACAACACGUACCACGUGACGCCCGGUAGCCUCACCUUCGAAGACUACCAGCACGUCCGGGACUACGCGCCUUACCUCAACGAGAACCUCGUGCGCCGAGACUUGCUGAUUGCCCUGUUCACGAUGUUCGGCGUCCAGACGACGCUGCACGUCAUGCUGCUGUCUUGCGUCAACACCAGGCCGCUGCUGGCGAUGUUGCUGGCCGCUUUCUACUGGACGGCGAUGUUUGCCAUGACCAAGCCCUGGGCGACGCUGGAGGACUACCUGUUCGACGACCGCUACCCCAAAUACUUGGCGUCCAUGUUCCCCGUCAACAUGCUCUACACCAACUUCUUCUUCAUACGCUGGACCAUAUACUUCGGCUACGUGGCCGACUGGAAGAUACUGUCGUGGCGAGCAUUCAACGUGGACAACCUGCGUCUCGGUAGCUCCUGGCGUGCCACAAUCUUGACGUGUAUCGCCAUGUUGGCCGCCGUGUGGUACCUGACGCACGUGCUGCCUUCAGUAUGCGACCACCCGCUGGCCCCUGGAUUCUUGUUCACGAAGAACUACUGGUUCCCUCACGCGGUGGAGGUACUCGAAGUCGGGACGACGACACCGGAACAGCAGCCUAGUGCUUACUUCGACGACCUGCCCGAGGGCGUGACCAUCGCUGUGUAUGCCCACAACCUCACUAAGGAAUACGCCAAGAUUAAGGCCCUGAACAAGGUGAGCCUGAAGGCGCUGGACAACCAAAUAACGGUCAUCCUCGGUGCAGACGGUGCAGGCAAAACGACACUGCUGAAAGUUCUAUCAGGAAACGUUCCUGUGACUUCGGGUCAGGCGACGGUGUGCGACAUGGACGUGGUGCUGUCGAGGCGCCUGAUUCGCACGGUGGCCUCGUUCUGUCCCAGGGAGGCCAUGUUCAGUGUCGAUAUGACCGUCUGGGAGCACCUCCUGCUCUACGCUGUGCUCAAAGGGGUGCCGCUCAGGAACAUCCGGGCGAGAGCGAAGGAGGUGCUGUUCGAGACCGAGUUCAACGACAAGGUGGAGUCGUAUCCUCACCUUCUCUCUGGAGGCGCCCAGAAACGGCUACAAUUGGCCAUCUCGCUGCUCAACAAGCCUCGUGUGUUGUUCCUGGACGAGCCCACGUACGCGUUGGACGAAGAGGCGCGCCGCGAAGUGUGGACCCUGCUGGAGGCCAUCCGCUCCAGCUGCGCCAUCGUGAUGACCAGCACUAUGACCGAGCAAGCGGACCUGAUCGGCAACCGCGUGGCCAUCAUGUCGCACGGACGCGUGCGCUGCUGCGGGACGCCCACAUUUCUCAAGCAGGCGCACGGAACGGGCUACGAGAUACGGUUCCCGAAGACCAAGAAUGUCUUGGACGUCCAAAACAAACUGUUGGAGAUCGUUCAGCAGCGCACGGCACAAGCGCGGCUGUCGCUGACACCCCGCAAUCUGAUCAUCUCGCUGGGCACACGGGAAACGCGCGGAUUUACCGACAUGUUCAAGCGUAUCGAAGAGUUCUGCCAGGACCACGGCAUCGAUGACAUCGGCGUCACCUUCACCACGCUCGAGGACGUCUUCAUCAAGAUGUCUACCGAACCGGACAACAUAGACCUGAACAUUGCCACCGAUAUUGAAAGUAAGCACUUGGUGUUGAUAGGUGUCAGGACAGCCGGUGUCGAAGCCUCCAAGAUCAAGAGGCUGAGCCAUCCGCAGGCGUUCUGCGACGAGCCCCUUCAGAGGCCCUCCUUUGGCGGCCAGAUGGGGGCGCUGUUGUGGAAGCGGCGCGCCAUGCUUGCUGUCGACCGUGACGCCCCCGUCAUGGUGUACGUCCUGUUCGUCGCCAUGAUGUUCGUCAUGGAGUACGUGCAGUCCGGACCGGGCUGGCUUGUCGAGCUCUUCCCGGAUUUGGUGUCGCCGCCACGUGACACCUUCUUUCUGCGCCAAAUGGCGAACGCGGCGUACCAGUGUGCAUACUAG